GAGAGCGCGCGGGGUUCAAAGGUCUCUUAGAUUUUGCUGCGUGGACCCACGAGGCAAAAAGCAUCAGUGUUGCUGAGCAGCAGCAAGAAAGCUUCUCUAUCGUCCGUUGCAGACCUUCGAAAAUGUUUCUGACACGCUCCGAAUACGAUAGAGGGGUGAACACGUUUUCCCCCGAGGGAAGAAUCUUCCAAGUGGAGUAUGCUAUUGAGGCUAUCAAGCUGGGUUCCACUGCGGUAGGUAUCAGGACAGCUGAAGGAGUGUUGCUGGCCGUGGAGAAGAGAGUCACAUCUUCACUCAUGGAGCCAUCGAGCAUCGAGAAGAUCUUGGAGAUUGACAGCCACAUUGGAUGUGCGAUGAGUGGACUGAUAGCUGACUCCCGGACCAUGGUGGACAGAGCCAGAGUCGAGGCCCAGAGCCACUGGUUCAUGUACAACGAGCCAAUGUCAGUAGAGAGUGUCACACAGUCCGUCAGUAACCUGGCCAUGGCCUUUGGGAAGGAGCGGAGGAACAAGGAGGAAAAAGCUAUGAGCCGACCAUUUGGAACAGCUCUACUCAUUGGAGGCAUUGACGAAGACGGACCUCAUCUCUUUCACCUGGAUCCAUCAGGGACCUACACUGAGUAUGAGGCUAAGGCCAUUGGAGCUGGCUCAGAAGGAGCUCAGACCUCCCUCAAGGAAGUCUUCUACAAGGGAAUAACCACCAAAGAGGCGGAAGAGAAACUGCUCACCAUUCUCAAAGAGGUCAUGGAGGAAAAGCUCACGGCCACCAACAUUGAGAUGGCAUCUGUAUUGGAGGGUGGAAAGUACCAGGUGUAUGACAAGACAAAGCUGGAAGCCAUUAUCGAGAGACUCCGAGCCUAGGAGCCCUUAUUAGUAGCUGUGUCGCGUAAUUAGAAUUCCACUUCCUGUUUACGUCGCGUAAUUAGAACUCAACUUCCUGUAAUCGUGCGCAUGCGCGGCGAAAAAGAUCGCCGGAUAUCGCUCUAGCUCUCGCGGAAGAAGGCAGGCAGGUGGGGUCGGUAGCUACGUAUUUAGCUACAGUCGUUUUCCGGGAUUCCACGACAAAGCCCAGCUGUUUGGAAGUGAGGAUAGUUUUUCUGGACCAGCAGAAGUGAUUGAUGAGCGGAGGCUGCACGCUGCAGCGAUGCUAAGGAAAUUUCUGCGUGGAGGAUCGCGCUCCUCUCCGCCCAAGAUAACGGGCCAGCCGCAGAGCGUGUACGAUGCCGUGCCGGGCUCCUCCGUUUGUCUCCUGGUCCUCACGGACCCCAAGCAGUCGCUGUCCGAGCAAAUGCAGUUCCAGUGGCACCACUGCCCGUUCGCCGUCACCAAAACCGACACUACCGCCCGAAAUUCAUGGUCUCCCGUGGAAUCUGGAGGGAAGGACAGAAUAACAGGGAUCAACUCGUCGACUCUGCUGCUGAGUGAAGUGAGACAGAGUGACAGAGGCAGCUAUCGAUGUCAGAUUACCAACAGCUCAGGCACCACUCUCUCCAGACCUGCUACCAUCACCAUCGUGAGCCCGCCACAAAUUGAAGCCCACCCUAGAGAUGUAGUGGAUGUUGUGACAGGCACUUCGGCCACGUUCAGUGUGAAUGUGGUGAGCGCUGCCGGUGAGGAGGUGAGGAGCGGAGGAGAGGGAGAGGAGGGAGGAGGAGGGAGGGAGAGGGUGGGUUCGGGAACACGGGAGGACCUGCAGAUAAUGUGGGAAGUCUUGAAGACCAAUUCCCAGUUGCCGGCUGCAAUGAACGAGGAUAUAGUCAACAGUGGAGAGAAUGGGAGCGAGAGCCCCGGGCCUGAAACGCCUCACCAGAGGAUAUUCCGGCAGCACCAUCCGGACCUCCGACAGUACCUCAACACCUCGUCCAUUCUGCCUUACCUCUCCCGACACUCCCUCGUCACCUCCGACCAAUUAGAGGAGCUCACCCUCCCGGUCCUCACCAACACGCGGAAGGUCGACCUCCUCUUGAGCUGGCUUCCUCGCUCCACAGUCGAUUUCUUGGAGAAGUUUGUCAUUUGUCUGAACGAAGCCAACGAUCAUUUGGCCCACGCCGAGUUGGCGGGGAAACUGCAGACUGCAAUGGCGGAAAGUAUGAGGAGAGGAUCAGAGGUCAUUGAGGCAAGUUUCCCUGUCAGUCCCGUGGCAACGCUAAGCCCCGCCCCUUCCUCCUCGGACAGUGGUGGUGGUGAGACGGUGGGAGGCGGGGGGAGGUGGGAGGAGGUGAGGGAGAAAGAGGGGAGGGUGGAGGGGGCGACGACAGCCAACCUGCAGCUACUCCAUGUGGACAAGGAGCAAGAGGGACGAUAUCGUUGCAGAGUGGAGUACAAGGGCUGCACCGUCUUCUCCCAGUCUGCCUCCCUCUCUGUCUUAGAAGACGGGGAGAUAGUGAGGAGGCUGUUGGGACAUUGUAGAGAGACAGAGGAAGGCGUGGCAGACGCUGCCGUCGAUAGGUUUCUGGAGGAACACGGGAACUCCAGUAGGCUGGCCAAGAAAGCUCUAGUGGCAGUGUUGGACUCGACCUCUGACCCCACGUCCCUUCUCCAGUCCUUCACCAACAGACAAGUUCCUGUCAACUUCCUUCACAACGGAAUGUAUCCUCUGCACUACGCCUGUGUCAAAGGUCACUGGAGAGCCGUCCAACAUCUCAUCACUUGUGGAGCUAGUAAAACUGCUCUCACUCAACAGGACGGUAGGAAUGCCCUCCAUCUGGUGAGCAUGAGGGGAGAUAACAACAGCCUCCAGUUCCUCAUCCACACCGGAGCUGACCAACUCAUCAACAUUCAGGACAAGUAUGGAAAGACUCCACUUCAUCUGGCGUGUGAAGCAGCCGGGAAGAUUGCUCCCGGCAAGCACAUCUCUCAAGACAUGAGGGACAUCAAAACGGUCAUUCAAAAUCUCCUAAAAACCAAGUCGUCACUCAGAGCACAAGACAAGAACGGCCAGACUCCGCUCCACCUGGCGGCGAGGGCGGGCCACCCCUGGGUUGUGGAGGUAUUCUCCUCUGCGAUAUCGGAGGGGUGGACGACCGGGACAACGACGGUAAUACCUGCCUCCACAUUGCCUCCGAGAUGAACUGGGGGGAGGUGGUGAUAUCGCUACUGGAGAGAGGAGCUAACGAAACCCUCGAGAACAAAGAGCACAUGACACCACUGGCGGUAGCGGAGGUCAAAGGUCACAUGGAAGUGGCCGACAUUCUCCAGAGAAAGCCGGGAACUGUUCAGAGGAACAGGAAACAGACUCUUUAUUUCACUGUAGACAAAGGCAACAGUCGCCCGAUGAGUGCUCACUUCAUGGAUGGAGACAUCGACAUGUCCACCAGUCCAAUGACCAAAUCUCACAAGAGGCUCAAGAAGAAGAGUUCGUCCACUGACGAUGAAGUCCGCCGAUCUUGGUCCAACCUCUCUGCCAGCCCUGCUCCCGAUACCGCUAUGAAAUCUCCUUCGUCAAGAUCGCCAUCGGCACUGCUAAAGUGGUUCCACCUCACCAGUCCCAUCUCACAAAAUGGAAACGAACUAGUCAACGACAACAAAUGACAUCACUGGCACACUUCAGUAGCGAGUCACGUGACCAUCAUGUGAUUGUCAUGUGAUCACUCAUGUCCACUAUAAUACAAGCUGAAAUGCAUUCGUUUUGUGUGUAUUUUGUGUCCCUAUAUGAUGUUUAUUCAUUCACAUACAUAUAUACAUGUACAUGUAUAUUUACAUGUUUACAACAAGAACUAUAUAUACACAAGAAGAUGUUAGGCUUUAAAAUAAAACUGCUAAAAAUAGAAAAUACGAGGCUACCUGGCACACACACAGCUCUCCGAGUCACUAGAUUUUUUGCUGUUUUCAAUUCUGAUAAGUCUCGUGGAGACGUCCUCUGCCUGUUGUACCAUUCCUAGACUCUCCUCCACUGACAGCAUCUGCUCUACUAGCUGAGUCAUCAUUUCGGUGACAUUUCUGUUCUCUUUGACGGACAUGAAGACGAAGCUGAAAAAGCCCUGUUCCUUGGCAAACUUGGACAGCUCGUGGGACGGCACACACUGGUUCUGUUCAUCGUCCUGGGGUUAGAGAGGGUGCGUCAAAUGUGUCAAGUGUGGUAUCACUGGUGUCAAAUGAGUCAAGUGUGGUAUCACUGGUGUCAAAUGAUAUCACUGGUGUCAAAUGAGUCAAGUGUGGUAUCACUGGUGUCAAAUGAGUCAAGUGGUGUCAAAAUGUACCACUGGUGUCAAAUGCUGUCAGUGGU